AUGGCGCUGUCCGAGGACCCGGAGGCGCCCACGGCGGAGGGGGGCCCUCCCGCCGGCAAGGCCCCGCCGGCGAUGCGCAUGAAGCGGCCGACCGCACCGGACCGCGCGGAGAUGGACAAGCAGAUCGAGAAGCUGAACGCGGAGACCGAGCGGCACGCGGGGCGGAUCAGGGAGAUAAAGGACCUGUUGCAGGCGCGGCGGGACAGGUCCAAGGGCACGGGGGGCGAGGAGGCGGCGGUGAUGCGCCGCCUGGCGGACUUCAGGGCGCAGUUCGAGGCAACCAAGAAUCAGAAGCAGGCGUGGCAGGACGAGCUGGCGCGGGCGGAGCAGACGCGCGAGGCGCUGCGGGCGCAGGUGAAGGCGCUGAAGGGGCGCGUGAAGUACGCGACGGUGGAGGACAUCGACGGCCAGAUCGGCCGGCUGGAGGCCGAGCUCAACGGGUCCGGCCUGUCGCCGGGGGAGGAGGAGCGCAAGGUGCGGCAGAUCAAGGACCUGGCGCAAAGCCGCGCGACAGUGAAGAACUACCACGACCGGCUGGAGAAGAUGCAGGAGGACGACCGGAUGCGGGAGGGCCUGGCGCGGCGCGUGGCGGGCGCGGAGGAGCGGCUGGAGGGUCUCAGGGGCGACAUCGCGAGGGAGAAGGGGCGGAUGGCGGAGCUGCACGCGUGCAGGGACGACGACAGUACGGAGGAAUCGAGCCUGAGGGAGGAGAAGGAGGAGUGCUGGGCUAUCAUGCAGGCGCUGCGCGCCAAGAGGGACGCCAUAAGGGACGAGUACAGGGAGAAGUACGAGGAGUUCAAGAGGCGGGAGGCGGAGUUCCGCAAGUGGCAGAGCGAGGACCGCAAGAAGAGGCAAGAGGCCAGAAAGAAGGAUUAUGAGCAGCGGCAGGCAGAGCGAGCUGCAGAGCGGGCUGAAUACGAAGUGGACGUGUAUGAAGAGAAGUUGCUUCAGUGCGACCAAAUGCUGAGUUAUCUGUCAAAAUUCAGCAAUCCCAGUAAGGAGGAAGCAGCAAAGGAGGCUGCAAAGGAAGUCGAAGCCCCUGCGCCAGGCAUGAAGCUUCUGAACAGGGAUGAUGACCCCGAUCUUGGCUGGUUCUCUGGCAUGGGCAGCAAGGCAAAUGCCAAGAAGCAAAAGGGCAAGAAGGCGAUGAAGGAGAACAGGUUCACAGAAGAGAAGAAGCUCAUGCACACCAUCGACAUCCUGCAGGCGUUUCACAGGCUCCAGGUGCCUGUGCCGAACACAGUGAGCGAGGUCUGCAAGACUAUCGAACUUGUCAAGGACAAGAAGGAGCAGCUACGCGACCGGAAAGAAAAGGGCCUGGCGCCAACUGAGGCUCUACCAAAGGCAGAGAGCAGCAAGGGUAGCUCGUCGAAACCUGUCUCCAACGGGAAAGCUGCUGGCGAGAGCUCUGACGCUAGCCCUGGUGGACUGAAUGAAGAUGAGUACCCUGCACUGGUUGGCAAGAAGGACACUGUUGGGCAGGAGCAAAGGAACGAGCCCGAAGCCGAUGGCCAGGGGCUCACGCCAGCCGAUGGGGCAGAUCCUGAUGAAGAGGCAGCAGAGGAGCCAGAGGGGGGUGAGGACGCGCCUGCCACAGGCAAGGAGGCAGCUGCGGCUCCCGAAUGUGAUUCGAAAGAAGCAGUUGAAACCCCAGCAGAGCCGGCUGAGGCUGCACAGUGUGGACACAGCGAGACAGUGGCCAAGGAGCCACAAACGGAGUCACUCACAAAGCGGGAGGAGGGGGCCGAAGGGCUGACAGAAGAGAAGCACUGCUCACCAGACGCCACGAGGGAUGUCACGGUGGAUGGCCAAUAG